AUGACAAAAGAUCUUUUAAUGGAUGAAGCAAUUUGUCAAUUUUGUUCAGUAACGUUUGCAAGUUUAAAGGAUGCAAAGUAUUACUUGGAUUUAUCAUGUAUGGAUCUGGAACAGGCUAUUGAGUUAUAUUAUGAGUCAAGAAAUGUAAAAGAAGGCAUAGAAAUGCCAUCAGGAGAGAAUAUUUCUGAUGAUAGCUUUGUACAAGCUAUUGAAAAAAAUACAGAAAAAGAUGUAUUUAAGGGUCCAGAUGUAUCUAAGAAUGAUAAUGUAAAUGAUUUAGUGGUGGAAAAAUGGAACAAUACAUCAAAAUCGAAUACCUCUGAAACUAUACCUAAAUAUACACAAUCUUAUUUAAAUAGGAUAAGAAAGAGUGUUUUUAAUCAGUCUUUUUCAAGAGUAUGGGAAGAUGAUGAAUUUUCUGCUGCAUCUAAAGAACGUUCAAAAAAAAGUAGAGCUUCAUAUCUUUUUAGACCCCCAUUUGAUAUUAUAAAAAAUAUUGAUUUUGAAAGUGCUAAAGAACUGGCUAAAAAUAAAAUGUUAUGGGUGAUGGUAAAUUUGCAAGAUAACACUGAUUUUUUAUGUCAAAAAUUAAAUAGGGAUCUGUGGAAAGAUCAGAGAGUGAAAGAUGUUAUUCUUAAAAAUUUUAUUUUUUUACAAUAUAUUUCAACUUCAUCAGAUGGUAUAUUAUAUCAGCAAUUUUAUCCUAUAAAAGAAUAUCCUCAUAUUUCUAUUAUUGAUCCUAGGACAGGUGAAAGGGUAAAAGUAUGGGAUAGUUCUCUAAUAGAACCAAAUAACUUUCUUAUGGAUUUACAUGAUUUUCUUGAAACAUAUUCUUUGGAUCCAGAUUUUAAGAAUCCUAUUACUCAAAAGUUAUCUGCAAAAAAAGUAGAAGAUAUGUCAGAAUCUGAACAGAUUAAUGCUGCAUUGAUUGCAUCAUUAAACGAGAGAAAUAAAAUUAGUAAUCAUAAAAGAGUCUCUAGUAAGGAUGAAGUAAUUGUGAUUUUUGAUGAUUCGGAUGUUAAUCAUAAUGGUUAUCUUUUUUAUUUUAUUAUUCUGAGUUUAACUUUAAAAGAUAUACAAAAAUCUCCAUCUUUAUUCGAAAAAAUUCCAGCAGUAACACCAUCUGAACCAAAUGCUAUGUCUAAGGAUAUUACUAAUAUUCAAUUUCGGUUUUCAGAUGGAUCAAAAAAAGUCAGGUUGUUCAAUUUAUCAGAUAAAGUCUCUCGGCUAUUUGAAUAUAUAAAGUCAGAAUUAGCUACAAAUUCUAAGGAAUUUGAGCUUGUAUUUAACAGAAUAAAGCUUAUUAAUGAGCUUGAUCAAACACUUGAAGCGUUAAAGCUCAAAAAUGCCAAUAUUACCGUUGAAUAUAUAUAG